UCUAGGUUUUUUUUUUUUUUUUUUUUCUCCAAUCACCGCCCAUUUAUAGCCCUACCGGCGCCGCGCUUCCUUCUUUCCUACCUCGAAGUAGAGAAUAGAAAGAGAGGGAGAGGGAGACGGCGGAAGCCGAGAUGGUGCAGCGAUUAACGUAUCGGAAGCGCCACAGCUAUGCCACCAAGUCGAACCAGACCAGGGUUGUCAAAACCCCAGGUGGGAGGCUUGUGUACCAGUACACGAAAAAGAGAGCGAGCGGGCCGAAAUGCCCGGUGACUGGCAAGAAAAUCCAAGGGAUUCCUCACUUAAGGCCUGCUGAGUACAAGAGGUCCAGAUUGUCUAGAAAUCGGAGGACGGUGAACCGUGCGUAUGGUGGUGUUUUAUCUGGAAGUGCAGUCCGCGAAAGGAUCAUCCGAGCUUUUCUUGUUGAAGAGCAGAAGAUUGUUAAGAAAGUUUUGAAGAUCCAGAAGGUCAAAGAGAAGCAUGCCUCAAAGAGCUGAGAGAGUGAAAACAGAGCGAAAUGCUUUUGAGUUUUGUUUACUCAAAAGAAAUUUUUGAUUUUACGGGCGAUAAUUAAUGAUGCAAAGUGCUUGGGCGGAAGUGUGGUGAGUUUACCAUUGCAUUUAGAGGAUGUUUCUUAUAGCUGUGAUGAAUUUAUUUUCUGGAAGUUUUGGGACAUUUGCUCCCUUCGCCUUGUUCUGAUUAUUUGUAAUGUCGGAAUUUUACAUUUUGAAUUCUCUCUUGGCAAUGCAUGCGGUACUCCUUUUUUUCCUUUAA